GGUCGCCGCGAUUGGUGGCGGAGCGGUCAGCUGCUGCCGGCGCUGCAGAACGGGCGUGUCGCUUUCUUCCCCGGAGCGCGAUUCCGUCGAGGGAGGGGAGCUUUCCGGAGCAGAAGGUUCCUUUUCUUUCCAUUCCCUCUCUGGCCUCCGAGGGUCUUUGGGCGGAGCUGACAUCUGUGCUUGACCAAAAGAUUUUUCCCCCCUCCUCGGAGAGCAAUUACUGUUUCGAUUAUUGAAGAUUUAAGAUGGAUUUCUCUAAACUCCCCAAAAUCCGUGAUGAAGAUAGAGAAAACAUGUUUGGCUAUGUCUAUGGAGUCUCAGGGCCUGUGGUCACUGCUUGCAACAUGGCAGGAGCUGCUAUGUAUGAACUGGUACGAGUUGGCAAUAGUGAACUUGUAGGAGAGAUUAUCCGUUUGGAGGGUGAUAUGGCUACUAUCCAGGUAUAUGAGGAAACCUCUGGUGUUUCAGUUGGAGAUCCUGUGCUUCGUACUGGCAAACCUCUCUCUGUGGAACUUGGCCCUGGUAUCAUGGGAGCCAUUUUUGAUGGUAUCCAAAGACCUUUGACAGAUAUUAGUAGUCGGACUCAAAGUAUAUACAUUCCCAGAGGUGUAAAUGUGACAGCUUUGAGUAGAGAUAUCAAAUGGGACUUCACUCCUAUAAAAAACCUGCGGGUUGGUAGCCACAUUACAGGUGGCGAUAUCUAUGGCUUAGUGAAUGAGAAUUCCCUUAUAAAGCACAAAAUCAUGUUGCCUCCACGAAACAGAGGUACAAUAACGUACAUUGCUCCACCUGGAAAUUAUGAUGCAUCUGAUGUUGUGUUGGAGCUGGAGUUUGAGGAUGUGAAAGAGAAAUUUUCAAUGGUCCAGGUCUGGCCUGUGCGUCAAGUCCGUCCUGUCACAGAAAAGUUACCUGCAAAUCACCCUCUUUUAACUGGUCAGAGAGUCCUUGAUGCACUGUUUCCGUGUGUUCAAGGAGGUACUACUGCUAUUCCUGGGGCGUUUGGUUGUGGAAAGACAGUUAUUUCCCAAUCUCUUUCUAAGUAUUCCAACAGUGGUGUUAUUAUCUAUGUAGGCUGUGGUGAACGGGGAAAUGAAAUGUCAGAAGUGCUCAGAGAUUUUCCAGAGCUGACUAUGGAAGUUGAUGGUAAGACAGAAAGCAUAAUGAAGAGAACUGCUCUAGUAGCAAACACUUCCAAUAUGCCUGUUGCUGCCAGAGAAGCCUCUAUCUACACUGGGAUUACCCUGUCUGAAUAUUUUCGUGACAUGGGCUAUCAUGUCAGUAUGAUGGCUGACUCAACUUCCCGAUGGGCAGAGGCACUUCGAGAAAUUUCAGGGAGGCUGGCUGAAAUGCCUGCUGAUAGUGGUUAUCCAGCCUACCUUGGUGCUCGCCUAGCUUCUUUCUACGAACGGGCUGGUAGAGUGAAGUGUCUGGGGAAUCCAGAGAGAGAAGGAAGCGUUAGCAUAGUUGGAGCUGUAUCUCCUCCUGGUGGUGACUUCUCUGACCCAGUUACUUCUGCUACGCUGGGUAUUGUUCAGGUCUUUUGGGGCUUGGAUAAGAAGCUUGCUCAACGUAAACAUUUUCCAUCUGUAAAUUGGCUCAUUAGCUACAGCAAAUAUACACGUGCUUUGGAUGAAUAUUAUGAUAAGCAUUUCCCUGAGUUUGUUCCCUUGAGGACUAAAGCAAAAGAGAUACUGCAGGAAGAGGAGGAUCUUGCAGAGAUUGUACAGUUGGUGGGGAAGGCUUCUUUGGCAGAAACAGAUAAAAUUACACUGGAAGUUGCCAAGCUCAUUAAAGAUGAUUUCCUGCAACAGAAUGGUUAUACCCCAUAUGACAGGUUCUGCCCAUUUUAUAAGACCGUGGGGAUGCUAUCUAACAUGAUUGCAUUUUAUGAUAUGGCACGCCGAGCAGUUGAGACUACUGCCCAAAGUGAUAAUAAGAUUACAUGGUCCAUUAUCAAAGAGAACAUGAGUGAAAUCCUCUACCGACUUACCUCUAUGAAAUUCAAGGAUCCAGUGAAAGAAGGAGAGGCAAAGAUCAAAGCAGACUAUGCCCAGCUGUUUGAAGACAUGCAGAAUGCAUUCCGCAGUUUGGAGGACUAGUAAUUCCCACUUCAGUGUUUCUCAUUUCAAUCUUGUCUUUUACUAGUAGAAGAUGAAGAUAUACAUUGUGAUGAAGAUUAC